AUGAAAUUGUUAAAGCAAUUAAGAGCUCUCAACCAUUCUCAUGUUAGUGAGUUUAUUCUUAUGGGACUCUCUAAUGAACCAACAUUGGAACUUUUAAUGUUCAUAUUCUUUUUACUGAUAUACCUGGUUACCAUUUGUGGUAAUAUUGGAAUUAUCUUAACAAUCUCUAUAAUUUCUGACUUGCACAACCCAAUGUAUUUCUUCCUCAGUAACUUGUCCUUCUCUGACCUUUGUUAUUCUACCGUUGUCACUCCAAGAAUGUUACAUGAUAUUUUUUCUCAAAGAAAAUCUAUCUCUUUUAUCAGUUGUGCUGUUCAGUUGUACUUCUUUGCCACAUUUGCUACCAUAGAAGGCUAUAUAUUAUCUACCAUGGCAUAUGAUCGUUAUGUAGCAAUUUGUUACCCUCUACUGUAUCCUGUGAUAAUGAAUAGAAGAGUGUGUAUCCUUUUAGUAUGUGUAGUGUAUUUCAGUGGGUUACUCACUGCUGGAAUUCACACAUCUUCUACUUUAACUUUAUCUUUUUGUGGACCUAAUGUCAUUAAUCAUUUUUUCUGUGACAUUCCCCCACUGAUGGAACUCUCUUGCUCGGAUACAUAUACCAACAAAACCAUUAUAUUUUGUAUAGUUUGUUUACUAGGACUUUUUUCUGGAAUUGUUACUGUAGCCUCUUAUACUUAUAUUUUUGCUACAAUAAUGAAGAUUAAGUCAUCAACUGGGAAACGUAAAGCCUUUUCUACGUGCACCUCUCAUCUUUUAUGUGUUUCCUUAUUUUAUGGAACUGCUUUUUUCAUGUAUCUCCGUCCGGCUUCUAGUUAUUCUGCUAGCCAGGACAAGGUGGUUUCUGUAUUCUAUUCCAUGGUGAUACCAAUGAUCAACCCUAUUAUAUACAGCUUGCGAAACACAGAGGUGAAAAAAGCAGUAACACGUUACAUACAUACAUUAGUGCUACGAUUAAAUAUUUAA